AUGCCCGACUUCUUUACACGCAGCGAUAAGGAAAAGUUCCCUCCUGAGCUCAAACAAGCGCUGUUGCUACUGCAACUGUCCGACUUGGACAGCCUCGAAGAGCGCUUCCUCGGGACCGCUGCGUUUCUGGAGCCAUGGGCCGCAUUUCGCGAUUCAAUAUUCCUGCGUCAACCGGAUGCAGUGCCACGUGCAACGGCGAUAGCCAGAGAGGAGGGGGAGGACGGUGUAUCUCGCACGGGCCUGUUGUGGUUUUAUACACGAUUCGAUGAAGGUGUACACCGUUAUGACCCACGCGCCGACAAGUACAGCAUAGAGUACACAUCGGACUCCAGCGUUCAUGGAGUAAUCGACAAGAGUGACUGGAAUGUGGAGGCGUACGAGAAACACCUCUUCGCUUGGUUGCUGCAGGUAUUCAAGGUCGGCAAGUCGCGAAAUCCGUGGAACAUUGACUAUUUCGAGCUCCGCAACAUCUGCACAGCCUGGGAAGCAGUCUUUGUGCCGAUUGUAAAUGCUGUUCGCGCUUCCUAUAGUGUCAAAGGCCGACGACACUACGGUCGCCUCGCACUGUACAUCGAAGAGCGGUGCCCAUCUGGUCUCGCAUUUCCCAAGGACAACCUCGUGGUACCUGGAGGAAGCUUGAUUUCGCCCACACCGUAUCGUAUUGUCUCUUUGCCGAAGAAGGUCGUCAGUGAUGAAGGGGCGACAUUCUGCAAGCGUGUCGGCGGUGCUGGAGUGUUCACGCGAAAGCAGUACGACGAGACCGAGAAGGAGCUUCGCGAUGUGUACCCUCAGUAUGGCGGUUUAGUUGAACGGCCCAAGUUCAAACACAAGAUGGAGGAGUGGUUGAAUGAACAGCGAGCGCGAGCACACCGCAGGAAGGCCACAGAGAAGACGGGCGAAGUGAGGGCAUUCCAGUCCCAGGUGGUAAAGCGUGACGGUAGCGGGAGCCCGGUACACAAGAGCUCUCCCGACAAACACAGCAGCAGACAAGACCAAGAUGGCGGUGAGAGCCCAAUCAGACGGUACUCAGAUAGCAUCCGCCGCUCACUGUCUCGAGGCAUGUGCAGAAUGGCGACAAAGGAGGAGCCGAAGAGUCCGCUGCACGGUGUAACACGAAAGAUCCAUCUACCUGAUGAUGGAGCACCAGCUUAUCGCCCUUCCGAACCGUCGUCAACUAAGAGGCAUGUUAGUCGCACCUCAGUCGGAUCGUCUGACACGACCAUCAUCACGCCCUGGCCCCGUCCCGAUACAGAGCGCAAGCCAUCUAAUCAGAGUGUUUACACAUCAACCCAGAACUCAGACCCUCUCGUCCUUUCCGAUAGCCAUCGGCAUAUACAGAUGCGCGACGACACAGACGUACCGAUAUAUUCGCCCAUGGGCCAAUUGAGUGCCAUACCGCAGCCACUACACGACAAGUACAAGUCUAACAUGCGGGUCGCACCAUCGGUCGAGAGGGGAAGGGCACAUCCGGAUGGACGAGUUCCAAGUUACGAGGGCAGCGGUUGGGACGACGAGAUCUCGUUGACGAAGCUCAACACUGUACACGAGGACAGUGCUAGAAAUCCGCAACGCGUUCGGCCUUCAAAGCCAGUCACGAGGCUUCCUGUGCCUAUCAAGCCAACUGCGUAUACCGGCGAUCUGCGUAUUGUGCCGAACGACGUCCAUCGCAAGGCGACACCAAACCCUCUUGCGUGGCCAGGUACUUCUCCGCCUAAGGCAAUACCAUGGCCUGGAAUGGAGUAUACCGCUCCCUCCAUACCAUCCAGAAGCCCCGAGCGAUGGAACAGUACACGGGGGUUUGCCAGCGGUUUUCGUCCUCAACAACUAAUGCGUGAUGAGUCUGAUCGCAGCAUUACACGCAUCGUUUCGAAAGAGAAUAUCCGCUCCGCACUCAAGGGCAACUCUCGUGACGGCUCAGCGGAAGAUCUUACUCUGCCUCCUCCCGUACCGAUGCUUCCAGGCCAGAAUAGAACAAUGGGUCCUAAUGGCGCUAGACUGCAGACGUACAAUACAAAUCUGUUCCCGCGUUCAGAAGAGCGCAAAGGAACUCCAGUCGGUGGGUGGGUUGGUGCGGACAAGAGUAGAGGUGCACAUGACGGUCCUUUUGAGCUGGAUAUGCUUGAUAGAGCGAAGUCUAGCCAGGGUGCUCAGAGCAGGACUGCAGGAGGUGAUGUCCGAUGCCAUGAGGAAUACUAUGGAAAGCAUGAGCCUGACGACUGUCGCGGUCUCGAGAAAUGGAUCUGA